AACAAAAUUGAGUUUGUUCAAAAACUCAGCUCAGUUCUUUGACGAAGACCCAGACAUUUAGAUGAGAUAAUCUCUGACAAGGAUGAAGAUAUUGACAGUGGUUCUCAGUUUGCUUCACAUCCAGUGGACAAUGGGUUCACAUUGUACAGAUACACCAAUACUCAGAGAAGGGAACAAAGCUACUGCUCCUAACUGUUCCCUCAGUUGCCUGGAUUGGAACAAGUUAAAAAUCAAGGGUGUGAAGAAUCUCUCACUGGAAAGCUGCCGAAUGUCCCGCAUUAUUAACAUUUCCCGCAAUUCCGAGCUAAUCGAACUAAAUUUCAUGAAUAACGAAUUCCAACAGCUUCCAAAAAAUCUCCUUCUAAACUUUGAAAACUUAAAAGUAUUGAAUGUAAAUGGGAACCCUCUGAAAUCCAUUCCUCUCAGCAUCAUUCUGGAAGUCCGAGUUAUUUUUCGAUGUUCUUGCGCUGUUUUGAAAGAUUUGACAGAGAAUUGUAACAAAGCAGAGAACUGUACACAGAGUUUCCUCCAGAAUCUGCAUUGCAAUGGAGCCAACAAUUUCAGUUCAUUCAACGUGAGCAGUUUUUACAGCGCUGAGUGUGCCAGGAUCAAUCGCAUUUCCAUCUAUAUUCUUGUUCCAUUGCUCACGUUCCUCAUCGCUGGAAUUGCGGUUUUUGCCCUAAGCAAAUAUUUCUCCAAACGCAAGAGCAGCAAUGCUCACUCCCCAAACAAACGCCAUUCCGUUUCUUCCUCGGAUCAUGGUCAGCAAAGAUACGUUAGCACAACAAACUGGAAAGAUCCAUCAGCUGCAACAGAGAAUCCGGAAGGUUCUGGCGGGAUCAGGCAGCAACAGCCGGUUCACAAGGAUUACGAGAACAUGGUGAUGGGGGAAUCUGACAGCGCGCGGGGAAGAGGUGACAGGAAUCUGAAGAGUCUGGAUGACACGUAUUACCUGGAAAGUGACCCAGCCUGUGAUAUUUAUUUAAAUGAGCAACCUGUUUAUUGUAAUUACACAGGGUCUGUUGCUAACCCAGAGGAUGAUGUGUAUAUCAUACCUGACAAGUAAAUAAAACAUCAUAAACCCGUGUGUAAAA